GUGAUAGCGGCCCCUAAGAUAGCGAGUGUCGGACAAUAACACGCCUUUGACCAAGUCCAUACCCGGUUGCAUUUGCAAAAAAUAAUUUUAUAGCUCCAAAAUGGCACCGCCUCGAGGAAAUCCCAAUCCCACCGGUUUCGAUCCUGCCAAGUUCGCGGCUUCAUCGGGAGCUCCCGCUAAGGAUCCUUGGGCGCGAUAUGAACAAUGGCGAUAUACAGGCCCUUUUUCGAGAUGGAAUCGAUUCAAAGGGAGUUUUCCUGGGCUGGGUAUUGCAACGGUGGCGUUUGCGGUAUACUGCGGCUAUGAAUAUCUGUUCCUAAAAGACGACCACGCGCAUGGUGCCAAGGGCGACUCUCAUCACUAGGGAAAUAAUGUGAAUUUGUGGAGUUUUUCCAUUAGAGUGUACAUCUUUUUUUCUUCAUCAAGCAUAGUCUCUUUAUGCUUUGACCUGCGGAGCGUCCAAUGAUUACGACUCGACGAAGGUUAUGUACGAGGCUCUCAUGGAGAUCGGGCUUUAUCAACUAUUCUUUGAAUAAUUAAUUUCCUUCCACAUCACAAUUGACCAAGUACCUACCUAAAUAUCUAGGAAUAUUAUUACCUUGGCGUCUACAGGUAAAACAGAAUCCUUGGGAGAAAUAUAUCGAGU